UUUCUGCUGAACGCAACCAAUUACAUUGCACCCCAUAGGCACCCAUAGUUUGUAUACCAAUUGAAGUCCAAACCCAUCGAAUUUUUACAUAAGCAAUUUAGGCCCUGUGAAAACACUAAUAUUCAAUAUGAAUCGUUUUAUGACAAUUCUCAAGAGUAAGGAAACUCGCAAUUAUUUUAUGAGCACGCAUUUUUGGGGACCCGUUGCUAAUUGGGCGAUACCAAUUGCUGCCAUCUCCGAUAUCCAGAGAGAUCCUAAGUACAUUAGUGGUAAAAUGACCUUUGCCUUAUGCUUAUAUUCAGCAAUGUUCAUGAGAUUUGCAAUCAAGGUGCAACCACGCAACAUGCUUUUAUUUGCCUGCCACUUUGUCAAUGAAGGUGCACAAAUUACGCAAGGUUGUAGAUUUAUUAAGCAUCAUUAUCUUAGUAAGAAAGAGCAGUAAGUCGAAAUAUAUAAUAUACAUGAUAUUGAUUUUAAAACAAUAGGGCUUUACAUUAAUAUAU